AGCAGGAGAGAAAACCACAGUGACACAGAGGAAGAGGGCGGGCUUCACUCAGCCUCUCUACCAACAAACCUCAACAGUUGAUCACAGAGCACCGAGCAGGACCAUGAAGGAGACGUCUCUACAUCUGCUCUUUGUGAGCUCACUGCUGAUCUGCUCAACAAACCAAGCUCGUCUGACUGUGAGUCCCAGCAGAUCUCAGUUUUUUAAAGGAGACUCCGUCUCUCUGAGCUGUGAGGAGGACGACAGCUCUGCUGGAUGGAGGCUGAGGAGGACGACAACCGAUAAAACCAGAGCUGAGUGUGAUGGUACCUGGGGAGAAUCAUCUGGUUCUUCCUGUAUCAUCAGCUACACCUUCACCUGGGACAGUGGAGUUUACUGGUGUGAGUCCAGAGAGGGAGCAACCAGUAACAUCAUCAGCAUCACUGUCACUGGUGGAUCAGUGAUCCUGCAGAGUCCUGUCCUCCCUGUGAUGGAGGGACAUGAUGUCACUCUGCACUGUAAAACAAAGACCACUCCCUCCAACCUCCCAGCUGCUUUCUAUAAAGAUGGCUCCCUCAUCAGGACUGAGCCUACAGGUCACAUGACCAUCCACCAUGUUACCAAGUCUGAUGAAGGCCUCUACAAGUGUAACAUCAGCAGUGAUGGAGAGUCUCCACCCAGCUGGAUCACUGUCACAGAGAAACCCACCACCACACCUACACCUGCAUCCACAUCUCUCUCUGGUUCCACCCCUACCACCCCUCCUCCUCCUCCUUUCCCUGUGAUGGAGGUUGUUGUCUCUGUCUGUGCUCUGGUUGUUCUGGUGUCACUGGUUCUACUGUUGAGACGAUGUGUUCAGAGGAAACAUAAAGCUGAUGAAGAGGAAGACAGAGAAGAUGACAUCACUAAUGACAUCACAUACGCUGACGUCAAAAUAUUACAUCACCAGCAACAGCCAAUCAGAGGGAGCAGAGAGAGUGAUCCAGCUGCAGUCUACUCAGCAGGGAGAACAGAAGACGUCACUUAUGGACAAAUAGUCAUCAAAGACAAAAAGUCAAAGACGAGAAAGACGAGAGAGAGUGAUCCAGCUGCAGUCUACUUAGCAGUGACAAGAGAAGACGUCAGUUAUGGACAAAUCAACAUCAAAGACAAAAAAACAAAGAUGAAAGCGUGUCCACCAGAACCAGAGGUGGUCUACUCUUCACUGAGGUAGACCUUCACUCCUUCACACCGGUCCACCCACUGACGUCCUCCUGCUGACUGUAACUGCUCCCCACAGCCUCUCACACCAGACUACACUCAUUUUAUAUGUUGUGUGUCUUGUUCUCACUAAAUUAACCUCAUGCAGCUACAGAGACAAACAACAAGUCCACAUAGUUCUCAGUGUUUCAGAAGGUUACAAACAGCACUAACAUGUUACUUGUUGUCGUCCUUUCAUUUAUUCAUUCCUGUUUACCAGAAUCUGAUGAUACCUGCCAUUAGUUUAGUGGUUAAUGAAGUCAUUUUGUGUUGUUAUUUAUAAUCUGUCUGUUUUUUGGAGCUUGCUCUUGUUCCUGCAGCAGUGAUCUGGUUUCUCUGCAGGAUCAAUAAACUUUAGUCUCAUUAGUUGUUGUUGUCAU